GAAAAAAACUGAAUGAGCUAAUGGAGUCGAAGGGCGGCAAAAAGAAGUCUAGUAGUAGUAAGUCAUUAUUUUACGAAGCUCCCCUCGGUUACAGCAUUGAAGACGUCAGGCCUCACGGUGGAAUCAAGAAAUUCAGAUCAGCUGCUUACUCUAACUGCGUCCGCAAGCCAUCCUGAGUUCUGCUAAGUCUAGACAUAACCCCGUGCGAUCGUUAAUACUGCAAUUUUACUUUAGCUCUAGUCUGUUUCUCUUUCCUACUUCUCUCGUUCUCUCUCGUACUUGUUCCCUCGCUAGUUCUCCUUUUAUCUGCUGUUGCAACGUUAUUUCCUUCCUUAAUUCGAGAUGGCUGUACCGGUCUCUGCAAUUGGAUUUGAAGGCUAUGAAAAGAGGCUCGAGGUCUCAUUCUUCGAGCCUGGACUGUUUGCUGACCCUGCCGGCAUGGGUCUCCGUUCUCUGUCGAAAGAUCAAUUGGAUGAGAUUCUGAAACCAGCUGAGUGCACCAUUGUUUCCUCACUCUCUAAUGAUGAUCUGGACUCUUAUGUCCUUUCGGAAUCAAGCCUCUUUGUGUACCCAUACAAAGUCAUCAUCAAAACCUGUGGAACAACAAAAUUGCUUCGAUCAAUCCCUGCCAUCCUCAAGUUGGCUGAGACUCUCUCCUUGGCUGUAAAAUCAGUGAGGUACUCUCGUGGGAGCUUUAUAUUUCCUGGUGCCCAGCCCUCUCCACAUCGUAGCUUUUCAGAGGAAGUAGCUGUCCUGGAUGGCCAUUUUGGCAAGCUUGGUUUGG